UCACCGCGAAUUGUAACUCACGUGACAUGUUUCACGAUAGAUACCUUAGUCUGUGUUAAUAUUAUGAACAUUUAUCUUAUUUUGUUAAAUUAAAGCAAUAAGUGUAAGAUUCUUAAAUUAGAAAAAAUAACAAUAAUAGUUGAUAACAAUAAAACAUUUUGCUCUGAGUGUACAACUUAAGUUUUUUCAAGAUUUUUCGUACGCUAAGAUACUAAAUUUCUAUAAUUGUUCAGCAGAGUGCCAGGUCUAAGCAACGCAAACUGGAAGAGGAAAAGUUUCCUGGUGAGAGCAUCACCUUCUACAAUUUUAUCCGUAUUACAUUGCAAGUGGUAUGUCUUCUUGUUCUGAGUCACGACUUAGGAAGAAGGCCAUUGAACAUGGAGUAAAAAUUCAGUUGUGUGUUUCAGAUGGAUAUUUAGAACUAAAUCCAUCACCAAGAAGUCCUCUAAGCUCUCCUGAUUCACCUAACAUGGGUAACCUGUCUCCUUCUAUUGACAGCAGCCCUGGUUUGGCAUCAAAAGUAGUUUCUAAGCGUCAGGUGCAAAAAAAGCCAAGGCAGAGAAGCUGUAGUGAAUCCAAAAAAGUGUUAUUGAAGAAAGAAUAUUUAAAGAAAAGUGUAAUCUUAAAGGGUAAAGAUUUGGGAUCACCAAGCAAGAAACAGGAUAGAUUCAUACCAAAUCGGAGUACAACUAACAUGGAGUAUGCAUAUUUUAAAAUCUUUGGGGAGGACUGUUCCCUCAGUCAACAGGGAAACUGUAUGUAUCGACAAGUUUUAACACCUCCAGAACCUGCAAUGUUUUCAUUCCGAACAAAAGAGAAGGCUGUCUCAGCUAGUGGAUUGGAAACUGAGUUAUUUGCCCACGUGUACAGUAUUACAAGGUCAAUAUCUUUGUCUCCAGAAAAGGUAUUGGAAGCUCCUGAUAUACUGACAGAUUUCAAUCUUCACCUGUUGGACUGGUCUUCAACACCGCUGUUAGCAGUUGCACUUGAUAAACAACUGCACCUGUGGGACAGCCAAGAUGAGAAAGCAAUGCACCUGUUGGAGCUUUCUGAUGAGGGAUAUAUUUGCUCUGUAAAAUGGGCUACUACAGACCCAAUCCUUGCUGUAGGUUUAAAUUCUGGCAGUGUUGAGGUAUGAUCAUAAAGUCAUCUAUAUUUGACGGUUAAAAAUUCUAGGUUUUGUUACCAUUUAAAGAAAUCAAACUUAUGAAUGUAAAUAUUGUAUUUGUUCUUCUUUGCACCUGGUUAGAGCUCAUGAUUCAUUGUGGACCAGAGUUUUAUUCAUUGACUGUAAUAUCUGUGAUGAAACAUU